AUGCCUGUCCUGUCCACCUGCGUGUGGGAAGAUCUGGAUUUCAGGAGGCCCUGGAUGAGCUCACCACCUCCGAGUUCCUGUUGCGCUCCCCUCUCCCAGCUGGAGUUCCGUUCCCAGACUGUCUUCAUCAGUGGCUUCCGAAACCGCAUUCAGCUGAGGAAAGACCGUCAAUGUCAGGCAUUUGUGAGGAGAGUCAUAACGAGUCAUCUCUUUCAGAUAAUUAUGAUUAGCACCGUCUCUUUGAAUGCCUUUCUUACAGUCUUGUGGACCAGUUAUAAAAUAAGAUACCGCUUGUACAGAGUUUUUGAGAUCUCAGAGAUCAUCUUUGUGUCCAUCUGCACCUCCGAGUUCGCCAUGAAGGUCUACGUGGACCCCAUCGACUACUGGAAGGAUGGCUACAACAUGCUGGAUGUGUUCAUCCUCAUCAUCAUCUUCAUUCCCUAUCUGCUCCGCAAGAUCAAGGGCAAACACUACCCCUACCACAACAUCGCCGAGGGCAUGCAGUCCCUGCACAUCCUCAAGCUCAUCCCCUAUAGCCGAGGCAUCAGGAUGCUCAUCAUUGCCGUGGGGCAGACCGUCUACACCGUGGCCUCUGUGCUCACCCUCCUCUUUGUCCUGAUGUACAUCUUUGCUAUCUUGGGCUUCUGCUUGUUUGGAAUUGUAGAGAACGGUGACCUGAAUAACUGGGGGAGCCUGGCGGUGUCUUUCUUCACCCUCUUCAGCUUGGCCACGGUGGAUGGCUGGACAAACCUACAGGAACAGUUGGACAUGCGGAAUUUUACUCUGAGCCGGGUGUUCACCAUUGCCUUCAUUUUGCUCGCCUCCUUCAUCUUUCUCAACAUGUUCGUGGGGGUGAUGAUCAUGCACACGGAGGACUCCAUCAAAAAGUUUGAGCGGGAACUGAUGCUGGAGAGGCAAGUCACCCUGAUGGAGGAGAAGCAGGUGAUUCUGAAACGGCAGGAGGAGGAAGUGGACAGGCUGAUGAAGACACAGAGCAAUGUUGGCAAGAGUUUCAGUGAGUUGGUGGAGGACUUCAAGAAGACUCUGAGGCACACUGACCCCAUGGUCUUGGAUGAUUUUGGCACUAGCCUACCCUUCAUUGAUGUCUACUUAUCCACUCUGGACAACCAGGACAAUACUGUCAACAAACUUCAGGAGCUGUACUACGAGAUCGUCAACGUGCUGUGCCUGAUGCUCGAGGACUUGCCCAAGGAGAAGUCCCAGUCCUUGCAACGGCUGGAGGAGAAGUAG